GGAGGUUAACCGCUCGCUGCCUGGCAGGUAUUUCUGGCGCCGUCGUGGAGCGCGGCCGCGGGAAAGAGUAGGCGAGCCUCCGCGUUAAGGGAAGCAAACGCUGCCACCUCCCCCCCCCCGACAAAAUCCGGCCGUUAUCAUUUCACUUCGGUUUUAUUUCACUUUAAUUCUGCCCCCUCCUCGUGGCGCAUGGAUUAGUUGCCCCGCCUCCCUGAACGGUGGGAGGGGGCGCUUGCUCCUCCCAGGAGUCUUUGCGGCAGCCAGACUCGGUUCGACCGUCCCUUGAGGCCCCUUCCCCGCGGCCGUCUAACUCAAGUGCCUGUUUGGAGCGGGACCCCUUCCCUUCCCGGGGUUCUUCCCGCGCCAUCUCGGCCUGGAGCGGAAGAUCCCACUUAAGGCCGAAACCCCCGUCUCUUUCAAGGUUCGCGGGUCCGGCCCUCUCCUUGGCGGGCUCUUCCCCGUUCAGGCGUCGCUGCGGGCAGCCCGGAGUCUCGGCGCACGCGCGAACGUGCCCUGGACGCGAGGUCAUGGCGGGGGCGGGGCGAGGGUGGCCCCCGGGCGCGAUGUCGGACGAGGACAGCUCUGAGGCGGAGGACAUCGCGGAAGCCAUCGAGCUGCUGGAGGAGGUGGGCGGCAUCGACGACCUGAACGCCGCCGCCGCCGCCGCCGAAGACGAAGACGGCCACCGCUUUGUGGAGCCGGAAGGCGAGAUCGUACGCCUGCAGUUGAUGCUGGACAGAAAUGCCUAUGAUUACAACUCUCAUUUGGCUCUGAUAAAAAUAAUGCGUGAUGAAAGCGACUUCGCGCUUCCGGUAGCCCGCCAGAACAUGAGCGAAAUUUUCCCUCUCACUGAAGGGAUGUGGCUAGACUGGCUGAAGGAUGAGAUUCGGAAGCCUAGAGAGACUGAUCGGGAAAAGAUUUACGAACUUUUCGAGAGAGCCGUGAAAGAUUACAUCUGUCCUCAAAUCUGGCUGGAGUAUGCCCAGUACUCCAUGGGGGCCAUCGGCCAGGAAGGAGGGAUUGCGAGAGUUCGCGCAAUCCUAGAGCGGGCGAUCAUCGAGGUUGGCCUCCACGUGACCAAAGGAGCUGCCAUUUGGGAGACUUACCGGGAAUUUGAAAACGCCAUUUUGGCGACAAUGCAGCCAGCACUGGACAGCGUCGCAACGCCUGAGCAGCAGCAGAACAUCAAGGCACAACUCCAGAAGAUCCACUCGCUCUAUCGUCGGCAGCUGGGGAUUCCCUUGAUGGAUAUGGAAUCAACAUUUAUGGAGUACGAAUUCUGGACUGACGAGCCGAUCCCACACACAGUGCGGCAAAACUACACAAGGGCUUUAAGGCAGUUGGAGAAAUACAAGCCUUACGAAGACGCCCUGCUGAUAGCUGAAGCCCCAAAGCUGGCCGAAUACGAAGCUUACAUCGACUUUGAAAUGAAGAUCGGGGACCCAGCUCGCAUCCAGCUGAUCUAUGAGCGUGCCCUGAAUGAGAACUGCCUCGUGCCAGACCUCUGGACUCGCUACACUCAGUACUUGGACAGGCAGCUGAGGGUGAGGAGCCUGGUGCUUCCUGCUCACGAGCGAGCUGUCAGGAAUUGCCCCUGGACCGUCAAGCUCUGGAGCCACUACCUGAUGGCCUUGGAGAGGCACCGGGUGGACCACGAGGUGAUCUCAGAAACCUUUGAAAAUUCCUUGAAACCCGGUUUUGCUCAGGCCACCGAUUACGUGGAAAUCUGGCAGGCGUACCUGGAUUACCACCGGAGGCGGGUGGACUUUACCCAAGACUCGAGUAAGGAGCUGGAAGAGCUUCGCUCCACCUUCGCUCGCGCCCUCAACUAUUUAAAGCAGGACGUCGAAGAACGGUUCAAUGAGAGCGGAGACCCUUCCUGUACUAUCAUGCAGGCCUGGGCCAGGAUCGAGGCCCGCUUGUGCAACAACAUGCAGAAAGCACGAGAACUCUGGGACUUGAUCAUGGUCAAAGGGAACUCAAAGUAUGCCAACAUGUGGCUGGAGUAUUACAACCUGGAGCGGGCACACGGGGAUACCCUCCACUGCCGGAAGGCUUUGUACCGGGCCGUGCAGUUCACCCAGGACUACCCACAACAGGUCUGUGACAUGCUGCUCACACUGGAGAGAAACGAAGGCACUUUAGAAGACUGGGAUGCAGCGGUUGAGAGGACAGAAACCCGGCUGGCCCGAGCGAAAGAGCAGAGAGCAAAGGCGGCAGCGAAGGCGGCUGCCCUGGCCAAGCAGGAGGAAGAGAAAGCGAAUCGGCGCAAGCAGGCCCAGGCCCAGGCCCAGAAGAAGGCCCUCCAAAUGGCCCAGUAUCCCAGAGCCGGCAACAAGCGGGAGGCAGACCGCGAUGGCGAAUGGAUGGAGGACGAAGAGGGCUUCAAGAAACCGAAGUGGGACGUGAACUUGGGGUGGAUAACUGAAGAAGAACAGCAGGAACAGGACGCGCGGGAGCUGGAGAGGAACAUAGAGCUUGAGGUUGAGCUGGGCCUUUUCGGAAAGAAGGACGCCCCCAAAGUGCUUCACGACAGCAAGAAGGAGGGUUUCACCGUCUUCGUCAGCAACCUCCCCUACCUCAUGGGCAAGCCGGAGAAAAAACUCCGACGCCUUUUUGCCAAGUGCGGGGAAGUGGCCGAAGUCCGCCCCAUCUUCACUAACAAGGGCUCAUUCCGCGGCUACGCCUACGUGGAGUUCAAGGACGAGAGGUCGGCUCUGCAGGCCUUCGAACUGGACCGGACCUUGGUGGGAGGCAGGCCGAUGUUUGUCUCUCCCUACGUGGAUAAAAGCAAGAAUCCGGAUUCCAAGGUGUUCAAGUACAGCACCAACCUUGAGUUGCACAAGCUGUUCAUCUCUGGCCUGCCCUUUUCGUGCACCAAAGAGGACCUGGAGGAGCUCUGCAAAGGGCACGGGAAUGUGAAGGAUGUCCGGCUGGUCACCAACCGGGCUGGCAAACCCAAGGGCUUGGCCUACGUGGAGUUUGAGAACGAAGAGCAGGCCUCCCAGGCACUCCUGACCAUGGACGGGCUGACCGUUAAGGACCACGUCAUUCACGCGGCCAUCAGCAACCCUCCGUCCCGAAAAUCUCCCGAGAAGCCGGAACCCCAAAGCCAGAUGCCGAGUUCCCGGAAGGCUCCUCGCAGGCGUCGCAAGCGGAGAACCCAGCUGGUGAUGGUCCCUCGCGCCUUGCAGCGUCAAAACAACCCAGCAAACAAUGGCACGUUGCAGAACCCGCCCGCCAAGCCCUCCCCGUCUGGGGAAUGGCCCAAGAAGAUGACCAACGCGGACUUCGCCAAGAUGCUCCUGCAUAAGUGAGCCGCUGCCCUUGACCAGCGAAGCCAGGGGGGCUGCCAAGGCCCCCCUGGAAGUCACUGGCUGGUCUUUCCCCGUAGCAGACGCUGCAGUCCAUCAUGGCUCCCCCUCCUGUUCUAAUUCGGACUUUUGUAUCCGCCAAACGCCUGAAGAGGGAAGGGUCGAUUUCCCCCCCCCCCCCCUUUGAAGUACCGUAGGGCCAAGUUGUUGAGUUAGGGCUGCAGGUGCGAGGAAUUUGUUGAAAAUGGCUUUAAAUGCUCCCUCAUAUUGGGGGGUUUAUGUGGCGAGCGCUCACUUUCGAGGCCGAACGCGCACAGUAUGUUUAAAUAGUUGGGUUUUUUUCAGCUGUUCUCCAAAUGAAGAGUUUAAUGUGAAUUGAGCCUCGAUCUGGUUUAUACAAAGCCCACCGCAGGCGCUGAGCUACGUCGGGGAGCCUUGCGAUGCUGCCUGUGUUGUGCGCAAAAAAAGGCCCCGGAACGAGUCCAGCGCCUCCUCGUGUAAGAAAGGCGUAUAAAUAGCAGAUGCGAGAAACUUCACCAUAAUGGCCUAUUUUCAUAUUGGGAGGCAAAGGGUUGGCGUUUCUACCGGCCCGUUUGCUCAAAGUUGAGUCUGUUUUUAUAUAUAUAUAUAUAUAUAUCUGUACGUAACUCACACCCGUCUUUGUGGAAGUGACAAGCCCACGCUGGCUACUUUUGAGCUUUUGCUGACCCGGCACUUGAGGGAAGGACCCACUGCUAAGCUUGGAGGUUUCCGUUUGCCUGGUUCCUGUGAGGGUCUCUAGCCAGGCCCAGUUAGGUUCUUGAGAUGUUUAGCUUGAAAUGUUUCUUUCUUUGUUAAAGAAAAAAUUUGCAUACAAUAUAAAGCGUGAGCCUUCAUUAAAAUUCUUCU